AUGGGAAAGGAGAAACUCCACAUCAACAUUGUUGUGAUCGGCCAUGUGGACUCCGGCAAGUCCACCACCACGGGCCAUCUCAUCUACAAGUGCGGGGGUAUCGACAAGAGGACCAUCGAGAAGUUUGAGAAGGAAGCUGCCGAGAUGGGGAAGGGAUCGUUCAAGUAUGCCUGGGUGCUGGACAAGUUGAAGGCGGAAAGGGAGCGUGGUAUUACCAUCGACAUCUCACUGUGGAAGUUUGAAACCAGCAAGUACUAUGUGACCAUCAUCGACGCCCCAGGUCACAGGGACUUCAUCAAGAACAUGAUCACUGGAACCUCUCAGGCUGACUGUGCUGUGCUAAUUGUGGCAGCCGGUGUGGGGGAAUUCGAAGCAGGUAUUUCCAAGAACGGACAGACCCGUGAGCAUGCCCUCCUGGCCUACACUCUGGGAGUAAAGCAGCUUAUUGUGGGCAUCAACAAGAUGGACUCCACCGAGCCAAACUACAGCCAGAAGCGAUAUGAAGAAAUAGUGAAAGAAGUCAGCACCUACAUCAAGAAGAUUGGCUACAAUCCGGACACUGUUGCCUUUGUGCCCAUUUCAGGCUGGAAUGGAGACAACAUGCUUGAGCCUAGCCCCAACAUGUCAUGGUUUAAGGGAUGGAAGAUCAGUAGGAAGGAAGGCAAUGCAUCAGGGACCACACUACUGGAAGCUCUGGACGCCAUCCAGCCCCCCACCCGUCCAACAGACAAACCUCUUCGUCUGCCCCUGCAGGAUGUCUACAAGAUAGGAGGUAUUGGAACAGUGCCUGUAGGCCGUGUGGAAACAGGCCUCCUAAAGCCUGGCAUGGUGGUAACCUUUGCUCCCGUCAAUGUGACCACUGAGGUGAAAUCUGUGGAGAUGCACCAUGAGGCACUGACGGAGGCCCUCCCUGGUGACAAUGUGGGCUUUAAUGUUAAGAAUGUGUCUGUCAAAGACAUUCGCCGUGGCAACGUGGCUGGUGAUAGCAAGAACGAUCCACCGCAAGAAGCAGCCAACUUCACUGCUCAGGUGAUCAUCCUUAAUCACCCGGGCCAGAUCAGUGCUGGUUAUGCUCCUGUGCUGGACUGUCACACUGCUCACAUCGCCUGUAAGUUUGCAGAGCUCAAGGAAAAGAUUGACCGCCGCUCUGGCAAGAAGCUUGAGGACAACCCCAAAGCCCUCAAGUCUGGAGAUGCUGCCAUUGUGGAUAUGAUUCCUGGCAAGCCUAUGUGUGUUGAGAGCUUCUCUGAGUACCCUCCUCUGGGUCGUUUUGCAGUGCGCGACAUGCGUCAGACUGUGGCUGUUGGAGUGAUCAAGGGCGUGGAGAAGAAGGUCGCCACCACUGGUAAAGUUACCAAAUCCGCCCAGAAGGCCCAGAGGAACAAAUGA